UGUAAACAGCGGCGUUUGGACAGGCGGCUGAGGCGACGCUGAUGGCGAUGGCGGCACCGCAGCCGCAGGGAUAUUACCUGGAGCUGUGCGACACCCCGCUGCACUUCGAGAAAGUUUCCGCUGUCAAUAACGUAUUUUUCGAUGAAGCCAAUAAACAGGUAUUUGCUGUUCGAUCUGGGGGAGCUACUGGUGUGGUGGUUAAAGGGCCCGAUGACAAGAGCUGCAUCUCUUUCAGAAUGGAGGACAAAGGAGAAGUGAAGUGCAUCAAAUUUUCACUUGGGAACAAGAUUCUAGCUGUGCAGAGAACUCCAAAGGCUGUGGAUUUUAUUAACUUCAUUCCUGAUCUACCUCAAACGGAGUACUCUCAAGAAUGCAAGACUAAAAAUGCCAACAUCUUGAGUUUCUGUUGGAUCAGCGCUAAUGAAAUAAUAUUUAUUACUGACCAGGGCAUCGAGUUUUAUCAGGUAUUACCUGACAAGCGCAGUUUAAAGCUUCUGAAGAAUCAGAGCAUCAAUGUUAACUGGUGUAUACACUCCCCAGAAACUGCAGUCCUCCUCCUGUCUACCACAGUGCAUGGGAAUGUUCUUCAGCCAUUUUAUUUCAGGAGUGGAACAAUGUCCAAGAUACCAAAGUUUGAAAUCGAGUUACCUGCCUCUCCCAAAUCUGGAAACCUCUGCGUUUCUGAUAUUAUAAUGGCCACCAUAUAUGGGCAACUUUAUGUUCUUUAUCUGAAGCACCAACCAAGAACCCCUAAUAACCUAGGGGCAGAAGUGAUCUUGUACUAUUUACCCAGGGAAGGACAGUGUAAGAAACUGCAUAUAUUAAAACUAAAUACCACUGGAAAAUUUGCUUUGAAUGUUGUUGAUAAUUUGGUUGUGGUGCAUCACCAGAGUUCUCAGACAUCUAUGAUUUUUGAUAUAAAACUGCGAGCAGAAUUUGAUGGAGCUGUCAUGAUUCAUCAUCAAGUGCUCCCAGCUCUAUCCAUUCACCCAUGCAAGAUUCCUCGGGCAGGUCCAUCAGCUGUGACAACACAAAGCCCUGUCCCAUGUGAACUUUAUUCUUCCUCGUGGACUGUGUUUCAACCUGAUAUUAUAAUCAAUGCAAGUGAAGGUUAUUUGUGGUGUCUCCAGAUAAAGCUGCAGCCUAUAGUCCACAUGCUUCAAGACAAGGGGCGGCUAAUGGAUUUCCUUCUGCAGAGGAAAGACUGCAAAAUGGUCACAUUGUCAGUGUGUUGUCAGAUGCUGAGCGCAGCAGAGCGGGGUAGCUUGCCUGUGAUCGCUACCAUAUUUGACAAACUCAAUCAUGUCUACAAGGAAUACCUAGAAGCUGAGCAGAACUAUACCUUGGCUGUAGAGUCAGGAACAAGUCGCAGCAGCUCCACUCAGAAGAGACCAGUGCGUACACAAGCUGUCAUUGACCAAUCGGACAUGUACACCCACGUCCUGUCUGUGUUCACCGACAAAAAGGGCCUUCCCCACAAGUUUGUUAGCGCAGUAUUGAUGGAAUACAUCCGGUCUCUCAAUCAGUAUCAGAUCACUGUCCAGCAUUACCUUUAUGAAUUGGUUAUAAAAACCCUUGUCCAGCACAGCUUGUUCUACAUGCUUCACCAGUUUCUACAGUACCAUGUGCUUAGUGACUCCAAACCACUGGCCUGUCUGCUUCUGUCGCUGGAGAGCACCUACCCUCCUGCACAUCAACUGUCCCUUGACAUGCUGAAGCGACUCUCCACAGCCAAUGAUGAGAUUGUGGAAGUUUUGCUAUCCAAACACCAGGUUCUGGGUGCACUGCGGUUUGUUCGAAGUGUUGGCAGCCAUGACAAUAUAUCAGCGCGCAAGUUUUUGGAUGCAGCAAGGCAGACUGGAGAUGCGAUGCUAUUCUACACCACCUUCAAAUUUUUUGAGCAGAGGAAUCAGCGGUUACGAGGAAGUUCACACUUUACACCAGGAGAGCACUGUGAAGAACAUGUCACCCAUUUCAAAAGCCUUUUUGGUGAACAAGCACUUCUGACACCGAUGGCUGUAUGAACUCAGGACUUGCACACAAAGCAAUGCACCAGUUACUGAAUGUCUAGAAACUUUUAUUAAUGUGCAUAUAAAAAGGACCAUAAAAAUUAUCUACAUGAUUUUGGCAUGUAUUAAAAAUAUGUAUUAGUGUCA